UGAGCAAAGACGUUGUGGAUGCAGCAGAGCGCGUGGUUGUAAGGCAAGACAAAAACAAUUUAUCCAGUCGGUGAUAAAAUGCAAACAAACAUUUCUCAAAGGUGGCUAAAAAUAGACAGCGACAGAACCAUAAACAUAUGCUGAUAUGCCAUCGACAUGUGAAUUUAAACUUGACCGCCAAAAUGGUGUUUAUUUUGCUGGACAAUCGGUCAGUGGUUCAAUUUUAUUGACUACCAGCCAUGAGAAACGGAUACGAGACAUACGCAUUCGUUUUCUUGGCGAGGCCAAGGUUCACUGGACUGAAUUUCGUCAUGGCCAGAAACUAUUUGGCAACCAGGUGUCGGCCAACAGUCUGUAUCGGGCCCAUGAGAUCUAUGUGGACCAAGUGGCGGUGGUGCGACGUGAAGGAAUUAUGCCCGCCGGUGCUUACAAUUACAAAUUUCAAUUCCGUAUUCCCAAAUCUUGUCCCACCUCGUGUGCCGGCAACCAUGGCCACAUACGCUACAUACUAUGGCUGGUGAUAGCUAGACCCUAUAGGCCCAAUAGCACAUUUCGCAAACCUAUUACUGUGCUAAGGAAGGUCAAUUUGAAUAUAAGUCCCAGGUAUAAGAUGCCUGUGGAAGCAGAGGAAAUGUCCUCAACUGGCUGUUUGCCUUGUUACAGUGGUAGAAUUUUCUAUAGCCUGAGAGUUCCAUUUGGGGCCUAUGCUUCUGGCCAGACACUCAAAUACUCGUUGAAAAUUCGAAAUCUUUCGAUGACUGAAAUCUAUGGCUACCAAGUGGAAUUUGUCCAAUGGAUGACCUUCAUAGCCAAACUUCCUCGUUAUAAUGAGCGCAAGAUCCGCACCGUAGUAGCCAGCCACAAAAAACGAGACUCUUGUCUACGUCUCUCAAAUCGUCAAUUUGAGGGGAAACUCAUAUUACCCUCUCUGACAACAGAGUCGUCAACACCAACAACGAAUGAUAAUAGCAACAGAAGUUAUACGCCUGCCAUAACAUCCACACCUGAGCCAGCUGCUGCAAACGAGACGGGCGCAGAUGGGCCUCCUGCAUAUGAGGAAAUAUUGCCUCCCUCUUUUGAACAAGCCAUGUCUGCGUCACCUCCCUUUAUAGAUCCAGACGAUUGUGGAAAUGUUCGUGAUAGUUGGUUUCGUCCUCUAUAUCCCAUGUUUCCCGAUUGCAAUGAAGGCGAAGAAUUGUAUGGCCUUAAAGAAUCACGUGUUUGA